UGUAAGUAUAAAAGAAGAAAUAAUAUUUGAGUUCAAUAAUAAUAUUAUUAUAGUUCAAUUAAUAUAAUAUUAUGUAUUUACAUAAAUAGCUCUAGUCUUUAUUAUUAAUAUGGAAUCAUACUUGGACGAAGUAAACAACAACAGAAAUAUGGGUAUAACGACACUAUUGGAGGAUACUGUCAAAAACCGGAAUUUGGAUCAAAUCACUUCACUUAAAUUACAAGCUCCUAUGUCUGUAAACCGUUUGUGUAUGUUGGGUACUUAUGUACCUAAUUUGGUGGAGCUUGAUUUAACAGACAGUUUUCUUCCAUCAUUCAGAGAUUUUGCAUUUAAACUUGAUAAUUUGAAAGUCCUAAAAGUAGCCUCCUGCCACUUAAAAUCAUUGGAUGGAGUUUGGAACAUACCAAACUUGGAAGAAUUAUUUGCCUCUGACAAUGAUAUCAAUGACCUGAUGCUAUGCUCUACACUAGUUAAACUUAUCACUCUAGACUUAUCUAGAAAUAAAAUCAUGGAUUUGACAAGGUUACACUUUUUAAACUUUUGCGAACAAUUAAAAAGUUUAUCUUUGUCAGGGUGUCCAGUGGCUAAAGUUGAAAAUUUUGAAAAAAAUGUUCGCAGUAUUUUACCAAACUUGAAUCAUUUUAAUGGAAAUCAAACUUUGGAAAUUGAACAAGUUAAACCUAAAUUGACCAUUGAAUCAAUAGUCUGUGGUAAUAUAACUGCUGCAUUACGAAGUAGAAAAACUAACUACAGUGGAAAUAAGGAUGUGCAGUUUGAAGAUGGACAUAAAGUAUUGAAUGAUGUAAAGAAGUAAAUAAAUGAUAGAAUAUAGAACAAUAUUACAUUGCAAAA